AUGAGAUUCCCCAUCAGCCACAGCCGCCCCCUGACCCUUUUCCUGCAGCAGCUGCGCAGCCUUGGACAAUCACUUAGACCCGAGCCCUCAAAGGCGUGCGCGCCCCCACGGCCGCGAGAGGUGCCCCUUUGCCCACUGGUGACACAUGGCGAGGCGCAGAACGCGACCGCCCUGCCAGGCCCCACCAGUUGGCCUCUACUGGGCAGUCUGCUGGAGAUUCUCUGGAAAGGGGGACUCAAGAAACAGCACAACACGUUGGCGGAGUACCACAAGAAGUAUGGCAAGAUUUUCCGUAUGAAAUUGGGUUCCUUCGACUCCGUGCACCUGGGCUCUCCCUGCCUGCUGGAGGAGUUGUAUCGCACUGAGAGCGCCUAUCCGCAGCGGCUGGAGAUCAAACCGUGGAAGGCCUAUCGAGACUACCGCAAGGAGGCUUAUGGGCUGCUGAUCUUGGAAGGAGAAGAUUGGCAAAGGGUCCGAAGUGCCUUUCAGAAGAAAUUAAUGAAACCAGUGGAAAUUAUGAAGCUGGACAACAAAACCAAUGAGGUCUUGGCCGAUUUUAUGAGUAGGAUGGAAGAACUAUGUGAUGAAAGAGGCCGCAUUGAAGACUUGUACAGUGAACUGAACAAAUGGUCAUUUGAGAGUAUCUGCUUUCUGUUGUAUGGGAAGAGAUUUGGACUGCUUCAGAAGAACUCAGGGGAUGAAGCUUUGAACUUCAUUGUGGCUAUCAAAACAAUGAUGAGUAUGUUUGGGAAGAUGAUGGUCACCCCGGUGGAGUUGCACAAGAGCCUCAACACCAGGGUCUGGCAGGCCCACACGCAGGCCUGGGACACCAUUUUCAAAUCAGUCAAAUCGUCCGUCAACAGUCAGCUAGAGAAGUAUUCACAAACGCCUAGUGCAGACUUGCUUUGUGAUAUUUUCCACCGCAAUCGGCUCUCCAAGAAAGAGCUGUACGCGGCGGUCACGGAACUCCAGCUGGCCGCGGUCGAAACGACGGCUAACAGCUUAAUGUGGAUUCUCUACAAUUUAUCCCGAAAUCCCCAAGUACAACAAAAACUUCGUGAAGAAAUUCAAACAGUACUUCCUGAGAACCAGAUGCCACAGGCAGAGGAUUUGAGAAAUAUGCCAUAUUUAAAAGCCUGUUUGAAAGAAUCUAUGAGGCUCACUCCAAGUGUGCCAUUCACAACUCGGACUCUUGACAAGGCAACUGUUCUGGGUGAAUACGUUUUACCUAAAGGAACAGUGUUGACGCUAAACACCCAGGUGUUGGGGUCCAAUGAAGACAAUUUCGAAGAGCCAAGUCAGUUUAGGCCUGAACGUUGGCUUCAAGAGAAGAAGAUCAAUCCCUUUGCACACCUACCGUUUGGCAUUGGAAAACGAAUGUGCGUCGGCCGCCGAUUAGCUGAGCUCCAGCUCCACUUGGCUCUUUGCUGGAUCGUUCGCAAAUACGACAUCGUGGCCACCGACCAAGAGCCUGUCGGGAUGGUGCACCUGGGCAUACUGGUACCCAGCCGAGAGCUCCCCAUCGCCUUCUGCCAGCGAUAAGAUGCCUCAGGUG